GUCUCAAUUCAAUCCAUCCCAAGUGUUUCUACACUUUUGCGUCCCCGUACUACAUCGUAUUCCUCCCUCCUCUUACAAUUCCACUCCUUGCCGUAGAGUCGGUGCUGUGUCAUCGAGCGAUAUACAUGACCACACCCCUGUUUACCGCAAUACACACCCCUUGAACGCGCUGGUGGCGGGAAUCCUGCACCGCAAUCCCCGAUUCUACCCUACGACAUUGCACGCAGCAUGGAUUAAUACAUACUCAAGUCGAAUAAACAGAAGGCGUCGGAAUAGGAGGGCAAGCUGGCGACAACAUCGCAUCGAGCCCGCUGAUGGGCAUCAAUAUCCGCGCCAACAACCUUACGCACCCGUGCCUCGGAGUCCAGCUGGGCUUGAACCGACGGCACAAUCUUCCACAAGAUGCCCUCCAGCUCCUCCGCGGAUGCGAAAUCGAGGCAGUCGUCGGGCGGGAAAUCUUUCUUCUCGCGGCGACAUAGAGAGAAAUCCAACGACUACGGCUACUUAAACGCCGAUCCCGCCACGGUGAUGCCCGCACCGUCGGGGUCGCAGUCCUCGCGACAUUCGAAUCGACGGCCUAGUACCGAUCGCCCAGGCUCAUCGGGUCACGAUGCAGCGGGCUUGAACAUGCAGGCGGGCGUCAUCACGUCGAUACCGUACGAGACCGUCGCGGAUCGAGGAUCCCCGAUUGCCGUGAACUAUUUGCCCAACGAAGAGAAUCCGCCGAGGAGAGGCCCGAGGGAGCCAUUACCACAUCAUUUAAAUAAGGCGACCAGCGACUUUCAUCAGUACCCGGUGAUCAAUCGAAUGGCACCUCCCCCGAAGCCCGGCGCGUCUGACGCGCCGCCACGGCCGCCACCGCAUGCCUCCAUGUCGACGCCAGCUUCGAGCGCCUCCGGGGAUCGAAGCGGACACAUGCAGAAUUACAAUAGGAAAGGAGGCGCAUCGAACGGCUUUCAAGAUAUGGCAAUCGCCCCAGGAAAUAACCGUAUGGACGAUCAAGCGAGCAUUCACUCGAACCAUUCGGGAGCCCGAACACCGAGUGUCCAGUCACACACGAAUACCUCACAGCAUUCAUUUUCCACAUAUGGGCAGGAUAUAUCACCCUCGAAAUCACACCAGUCGCCGAUGUAUAAUUCCUCCGCACAAACCCAGAAUUCGCGCUACAGUUCGACAACCUCCUUUUCGCCUGAUGGCUUCAAUUUGAAACGACCAUCGGAUGACCGCCUCAUCGAGAAGGAAUGGCUGAGCUUGAUGAACAAGCGCGGCUGGCUUAAUUUGCCCGAGCAAGCGCGGCGACAGAUGCAGAACUACUCCGUUGACAAGAAAUGGAUGCUGGUAUAUCAAGAUCGUCUGGCCGAGUGGCAGGGAGAUCAGAAGAGAAAAACUGUCGCUCGACACACCGCUGCCGACACCGUCUUCGACCGCGCACACGAGGAGGGAAGCCCCGAGUGGUACGUUCGCAAGGUGCUGGAUAACUCGAUCACCGCGAAGCAGUUGCAGAGCUUAAGCGUCUCUCUUCGAACGCAGCCCAUCGGAUGGGUGAAGGCGUUCGUCGAAGCACAAGGGCAGAUCGCGCUCACGAAUGUGCUCUCGAAGAUCAACCGGAGGCAAGGGCAAGGGCCUGCUCCUCCGACCAAAAAACGGGAUAUGGAUCUGGACCGCGAAUAUGACCUCGUCAAGUGCCUGAAGGCUCUGAUGAACAAUCGAUACGGUGCCGACAAUGCUCUGCAGCAUCCGCAGAUCACCGCGGCGUUGGCGGCCUCGCUCAUCUCCCCGCGCCUCAAUACGAGGAAGCUAGUCAGCGAGAUCCUCACAUUUCUGUGCCAUUGGGGCACUGGUGAGGGACACGCGAAGGUCCUCGGAGCCCUGGACAACCUCAAACAUGCGCAGGGCGAGAAUGGUCGCUUCGACGCAUGGAUGCGCAUCGUGGAAGUCACCACCGACGGGCGCGGCAAGAUGGGCAGUCUGGUGGGUGCCAGCGAAGAGGUCCGCAGCGGAGGCAUCGGGGUCGAGAACCUGCUAAUGGAAUACGCUGUCGCGAGCUUGCUGCUCAUCAACAUGAUUGUCGACGCUCCGUCGGAUGACUUGCAGCUGCGAGUGCAUGUUCGAGCCGGGUUCACAGCAUGCGGCAUCAAGCGCAUCUUGACGAAGAUGGAGGGGUUCCAAUACGAGGUGAUCGAUAAGCAGAUCGACCGAUACCGCACGAACGAGGCGAUUGACUACGAGGAUUUCUUGGAACGGGAGAACCAGAGCAUGGUGGAUAGUGUCGAAGGCGAUUCGAAGGAUUUGAGCGACCCGAUUCAGAUCGCGGAUGCGAUUCAGACGAAGAUCAACGGAACGAGAGCGAACGAUUACUUUAUUUCGACCAUGCAGCAUUUGCUCCUCAUCCGGGAUAACCAGGGAGAAGACCGGCUGCGGAUGUUCCAGCUGGUCGAUGCGAUGCUGAGCUACGUGGCGAUGGACCGGAGGCUGCCCGAUAUGGACCUCAAGCAGAGUUUGAACUUCACCGUCCAGAAUCUGCUGGAUAAAUUAUACACCGACUCCGAGGCACGCCAAGCGCAGGACGAGGCUACCGAAGCGCGGCAGGUCGCGGAUUCGGCGCUCGCGGAGCGAGAUCAGUUGACCGCGCAAGUGCAGCUGGGCGCUGAUGGAUUAGUCGCUAAACUGCAGAAGCAAGUGCAAGAGCAGCAAGCGAUCAUCGACCUGCGCGGGCGGCAGACCGAGACGUUGAAGGCCGAGGUCGCGGAAGUCCAAAGGAUGCGGGCCCAGGAGCUCCAAAGAAAUGAACUGGAGACUCGCGAGCUAUACCUGAUGCUCAGGGAUGCUCAAGAUGCAGCGGCCUCGGUAGCGAAGGACGGCAAAGCUCCGCUCGCAGACCCGACUCAGAUGCAAGGCAUCCUCGACCGCGAGCGGCUCAUGGACCGGCUGGAAAGGCAGCUUGAGCGCGCGAAGACGCAGGCGAAGCUAGAAGGCAAGGCAUUCCAGGGCCCCGGUCCGAGCGACAAGCUGCGCGAGCUUCGUGAGCGGAUGGAUAACCCGAUGGGCCAGCGGUUGGAGAUCGGCGACUACAAAAACAGCAUCAUCGGGUCGGUGUCGCGAGGGAAGAAGGCUCGCCAUUUCGACUCGGAUGACGAGACCGAGAAGGCGGACGAGGAUGCAACGGUGUAUGAACGGCCGCGGUUGGUCGAGAUGCGUCGGCCGAAGAUGAACGCGGAGCAAGCGACGGGUCUGCUUGGCGAGAUCGCGAACAAAGUGAAACGGAUCGACGGCAGCGAUGAUGAGGAGGGCGAUGGUGUCACGACGGGGCCGACACAUCCAAGCAUUGAGUCCGCGUCGCCGAAGACCCCUGAUGAUGAGCAAUUCGAUGGGGCUGGAGGAAGGAAAGGUGUCUCACCGAUGCCUGGAUAUGCUAAUAACGUGCCACCCCCACCUCCACCACCCAUGCCGGGCUAUUCUGGCGCUCCUCCUCCACCCCCUCCACCGAUGCCAGGCUACCAAUCCAAUGGUGCACCUCCCCCUCCCCCACUACCGGGCACCAACGGUGCGCCUCCUCCACCUCCGCCUCCUCUUCCCGGCACCGGCUCCAACUUCGCUCCUCCACCCCCUCCCCCGAUCCCUGGCGCGCCUCCCCUUCCCGGAGCCAAAACCGGCGGCUUCUUGCCCAAGCGUGAUCUCAACACCGCGCCAACCAUGGCACUUCCCGUCGCGCGGCCGAAGAAGAAGCUCAAGGCGCUGCAUUGGGAGAAGGUCGACGCGCCACAAACCACGAUCUGGGCGACGCACACGCCGACGUACGAAGAUCGGGAGGAGAAGUACAAGGAGCUGAGCCGGAAGGGCGUGUUGGACGAGGUGGAAAAGUUGUUUUUGGCGAAGGAGAUCAAGGCGAUCGGCAAGAAGCAGAUGGCCAAAGAUAAUAAGAAGCAGAUCAUUAAUAGUGAUCUGAUGAAGAAGUUCCAUAUAUCCCUUGCCAAGUUCUCGCAAGUCUCCGUUGAAGUGCUGGUCCGCAAGGUCAUCCACUGCGAUUCCGACGUCUUGGAUAACGCGGUUGUUAUGGACUUUUUGCAGAAAGACGACCUUUGCGUGAUUCCCGACAACACCGCCAAGUUGAUGGCUCCGUACGGCAAAGACUGGGCCGGUCCCGAUGCUGCGAGCACCACUCGAGAAUUGGACCCGUCUGAGCUGACCCGAGAGGACCAGAUUUACCUGUUUACUGCCUUCGAGCUCCGCCAUUACUGGAAGAGCCGUAUCCGGGCGCUGUCGCUCACGAGGACGUACGAAGCGGAUUACGACGAGAUCUCGCAGAAAUUGCAAGAUGUCGUCCGGGUAUCAGAUUCGCUGCGAGACUCGGUCAAGUUGAUGAACGUCCUGGGUCUCAUUUUGGACAUCGGAAAUUUCAUGAACGAUUCCAACAAGCAAGCGAUCGGAUUCAAGCUGAGCUCGCUUGCGCGCCUGGGAAUGGUGAAGGACGACAAGAACGAGUCCACCUUCGCCGAUCUCGUCGAGCGGAUUGUGCGAACGCAAUACCCCGAGUGGGAGGGCUUCGUCGAUGAAAUCGAAGGCGUCAUCACGUCACAGAAACUCAACGUCGAGCUGCUCCAACUGGAGGCCAAGAAAUACACAGACAAUAUCAACAACGUGCAAGCGUCCCUCGACGCCGGCAAUUUGUCCGACCCCAAGAAGUUCCACCCCGAAGACCGUGUCAGCAUCGUCGUGCAGCAACACAUGAAAGAAGCGCGCCGCAAAGCCGAACAGAUGAAAGUCUUCCUCGAAAACAUGGUGGAAACGUACGACAACAUCAUGGUCUUCUACGGCGAAGAUCCUACGGACGAGAACGCCCGCCGCGACUUCUUCUCGAAACUCGCGAUCUUCGUCAGCGAAUGGAAAAAGAGCAAGGCCAAGAACGUCGAGAUCGAAGACACCCGCCGCCGCAACGAAGUCAGCAUGCGCCGCAAGCAAAUCAGCGCCCAAACCAUCAACGUCACCGCGGCUGUCGACGGCGACGCGCCGCCCUCUCCCGCGUCCACCGGCGCGAUGGACUCCCUCCUUCAGAAACUCCGCGAAGCCAAGACCGACACCCGCGACCAGCGCGACCGCCGGCGCCGCGCCCGCCUCAAGGACCGACAUCAGGUGCGCGUCGCAUCCGGGCAAAAUAUCCCGGAUAUCCGGAGCGGCUCCGAUGACGCCGACGACGCCGGUUCCGUGUCCGUGUCCGUCGACCCGACUGGGUUGCUCUCCCCGAUAUCCGACGCCGGCGAAGGACCGUCGACGGAGCCGGCGGGCGGCGACGCGGCGGAACAGGACGUGGGCGACCGGGCGGAGGCGCUGCUGGCGGGAUUGCGGGCGGAAAGCGGGAAGGGCGGGGAUGAGGUGCGGGUGCGGAAGCGGCGGGAGAGCGCGAACGAUGAGCGGGAGAGGAGGCGGAGACGACGCGCAGCGGCGGAGUCGGCGGCGAAUGCGGCGAGUGAGGAGGCGGCGUGGAGUCGUGGGUCGAGGAACUCGCGGAUUACGGAGUUGGAGGAGCCGAGGGAUGGGGAGGAUGUGGAGCGGAAUCGAUUGAGCGCGAUUAGUGGAAGUGCGAGUGGGGAGGGCGAGGGUGAGGUGCCGAGAACGAGCGCCGAAUUAAGCAUAUCGGGUAACCCGGAUGCUAUGGAUGGUCCGCAGCUAAGUGCGGCGCCGGUGACGGUUGUGAGUCCGCCGAGUCCUGCAGGAGAGCAAGGGAGGCCGUGAGGUCUUCGGGAGGGGGUAAUGUUUGCUGGGUGAUGCUGAGUCCAACUUGACCGUGGCCCCCGGACGGUUUCCGUGGUCAUUAGCGAUACCAGUUUCUAAUGUCUUAUAUUUUGCUUUACAUCAUCCUUUUUUUCUUCCGCCGUGUACUAUAGGGGAGAUAUCGCUGCGGUAUGCAGUAGGAGGACGGCUGUUGGGGGCCUUUCUUCGAGCAUUUGAGCAGGGCGUUGAGAUUGAUUUGGGGGCGACAGAGCAGCCUUUGCGAUGGAUGUCAAGGACUGUUCCACUCUGCCACUGUUCCUUCAAAUGGAGAUAGCUAUUACAAAGCACCGGGACUGUUAAACCAAUAUUCAGAGCUUGUUUGACUUGCACUCUGCCCUGUCGUUUCGACUCGAGAAACGCUGGACUCCUUCUCCACAUCUCGGUUUCCUCUCAAUCCCAUGCAACUACAGUCAUAGUGCCUAUUAUUAACGAUUGAAG